UGAGCUGGGCCCCACCCUGAUUUGAGGACAGGAGCUGGGCAGCACUCCCUUGGUGCACUUUCCUCCCAGGAUUUGUGUCUCUGGGGGGUACACAGUGCAUUUACCUGGAGGAUCCCUCCUCCCAAUAUUUGACCAGGGACCAGAUUUCAUAGAUCUCCAGCUCUGGGGGAGGGAUCCAGAGUUGGAUGUGACCCUGGCUGCAAUUGAUAACCUCCCUUCCUCCUCCCCAGGGAGCCCCGUGGAGGCGCCCUCCCAAGGCACCACUGCCCAUGCUGACCACCCAGCCCUCCGGCUGCCGAUGUCAUGAGUAACACCACAGUGCCCAAUGCCCCCCAGGCCAACAGCGACUCCAUGGUGGGCUAUGUGUUGGGGCCCUUCUUCCUCAUCACCCUGGUCGGGGUGGUGGUGGCUGUGGUAAUGUAUGUGCAGAAGAAAAAGCGGGUGGACCGGCUGCGCCAUCACCUGCUCCCCAUGUACAGCUAUGACCCCGCCGAGGAGCUGCACGAGGCUGAGCAGGAGUUAUUAUCAGAUGUGGGAGACCCCAAGGUGGUCCAUGGCUGGCAGAGCGGCUACCAGCACAAGCGGAUGCCCUUACUGGACAUCAAGACGUGACCUGGCCCCCUUGGGCAACCUUCAGAGCCGUGGGCCCUGCAGUGUCUAGGGACCCUGGGGUCUGCUUCCUCUGCCCACUGAUACCUCCCCAGCCGGAUAUGGGGUCUCUACCCCUCCCUGCCCUCCUUGGCAGCACCUACUUCCCAACCUGCAUAGCAUCCAGCCCCCAUCACCGCACGCCCCUCGGCCUGUCUCCGGAGGGUGGGGGCGGGGGCAGGAGUUUCCUUCUGGGGUGGGAGGGGAGCUGGGAGACAGCUUUGCUUUCUCUAGCCCUCUGGGCUGUGGCUUGGGCAUAAAUCCCCAGGAGGGCUUUGGAGUUGUUUCCAUGGUGACGGGGCCGGAUGUAUAGUACUCGGUUAUAUAUAUUUUGUAAAUAAAAUGUUUUAUGGCUA